GGGCCUUCUCUAAACCCACNAUCAAGGUGGUGCCCAGCAAUGUGGUANCCACUGGGAAGCAGGUGACCAUCUUCUGUNAAGGCUCCUUGCAGGCCACAGAAUACCGUCUCCACAAAGAAGGAAAUGAAGAGUCCCUGACACCAACAAGCCUUGUAGAAACUGAGAACAUGGCCAAGUUCUCUAUCUCACAGAUUCAAUGGAACAAUGCAGGUCAAUACUGGUGUUCCUAUAAAACCCGGACAAACAUAUGUCAAAAAAGUGAGACCGUGGAGCUUGUGGUGACAGGAGUUAUCCCUGGCAAAGUCGAGCUGUCUGCCCUUUCCAGCUAUGUUGUGACUUCAGGGAGAAAUGUGAUGCUUCAGUGUGCAUCACNAGUGAGAUAUGAUAGCUUCAUUCUAAUGAAGGAAGAUGAGAAAUACUCUACUGCAGUGCCCUCAUGGAACANGUAUCGUUUACUGUGGUUGGCCAGUUUCCGAGUAGGUCUUGUGACCUCCAAGCAAAAAUGGAGGUUUACAUGCUAUGGAUAUAACUUGAGUAACUCCCAGCUGUGGUCAGAGCCCAGUAACCAUUUAGAGCUCUUGGUCUCAGGGACACUUCAUAAACCUACAAUGUGGGCUGAUCCUNGUUNNAUGAUANCCCUAGGAAGUCCUGUGACCAUCUGGUGCAAGGGGGAUCACAAAACCCAAACAUAUUUUCUAUAUANAGAGGGAAGUCUAGAAUCCUGGGCCACAGAGACCACAAUGGAAAAUAAAGGAAAAUUCACUAUACCAUUGGUGACACAUCUGCAUGCAGGGCGAUAUUCCUGUUACUCUUACACCUCUGAUGGAUGGUCAGAACACAGUGACACCCUGGAGCUGGUGGUUACAGGACUUUAUGAAAAACCCAACAUUUUGGCCCUACAAAACCCUGUUGUAAUCUUAGGAGUGUUUGUGAACAUCUCCUGUGCUUCAAAUAAGAGAUUUAACUGGUUCAUUUUAAGGAACGACAAUCAGAAAAACUACAGAUACUCUGAGGAGCCUGUGGCCAUUUUCCAAGUGGGUCCAAUAACCUCUGGACAAAGGUGGAAAUUCAGAUGCUAUGGCUCUUAUACAAAUAAUCCUCUGUUGUGGUCAGAGGCCAGUGACCCAUUGGAGUUCCUGGUAUCAGGGAACCUCCAGAAACCCACCUUUUGGGCUGAGCCAGGUUCUGUGAUCGAAUCAGGGAAUUCUGUGACCAUUUGGUGUGAAGGGACCAGGAAAACCCAAAUAUAUUUCCUGUAUAAAGAAGGAAGCUCAGAGUUCUGGAAGAUACAAACUCCAAAGAAGCCUGGUUACAAGGCCAUGUUCUCUAUUACAUCCAUGGAAAGGCAUAAUGCAGGGCAAUAUCGCUGUUACUGUUACAAUUUUGGAGGGUGGUCACAGCACAGUGACACACUAGAGCUGGUUAUGACAGGUGUUUACUCCAGCAAAGUCACCCUGUCAGCCAUUCCCAGCCCUGUGGUGAGCUCAGGAAGCCACGUGACCCUUCAGUGUGACUCACAACAGACUUAUGACAGGUUCACACUAAUAAAAGAAGAAGAGAAGCUCUCUAGGGUUGCAUAUAUACAGAAUGCAUACCCAAGGUCAUCCCAGGCUCAGUUCACAUUGGGUCCCAUGACUCCCAAUCAGAGAUGGAGGUACACAUGCUAUGGCUAUUACUUGAACAGUUCCCAGCUGUGGUCAGGGCCAAGUAAUCAGCUGGAGCUCUUCAUCUCAGGUGUCCACCAUGACAAACCUACUCUGGCAGUCUUUGGCAGUCCUGUGGUUACCUCAGGGAUGUCUAGGAAGCCCACCCUGCUGAACCAGCAAGAGCAUGUCCUGGGCCCUGGAGAGACCCUGACACUCCAGUGUUCCUCUGAGACCAGUUAUGGCAUAUUUGCUCUAUCCAAAGAGGGCAGAAGUGACCUCCCACAGCUCUCUGUCAGUCAGUCACAGACUGGACAAUAUCAUGCCAACUUCACCUUAGGUUCUGUGGAUUUCUCUAUUGCUGGCCAAUAUAGAUGCUAUGGUGCAUUCAAAGUUUCUUUUGAGUUGUCAGCUCCUAGUGUUCCUCAAGACAUCUUGGUCACAGGACAUCCUCACAUCACACCCAAUCUCUCAGUGUAUCCAGGCACCAUUGUGUCCUCAGGAGAGAAUGUGACCCUUCUCUGUCAUUCAUCAAUCCCAAUGGACACUUUCUUUCUAUUCAAGGAAGGUGUUGCCUAUCCCUACAUGCACCAAAGAUUAACGUUCCAAGAUCCACGAUGUGAGGCAGAAUUCUUUCUGAGUGCUGUGACCCCAGCCCUAGAGGGGAUCUAUAUGUGCUUUGGUUCUCAAAGCUCAUCUCCUUACCUGUUGUCACACCCCAGUGUUCCUGUGGAGAUCAAAGUCUCAGGACUGGCAAGGUACCAGAAGUCUCUGAUAUGGGUCUCCGUGGCCUUCUUCCUACUGCUCUUUGUCCUCACCCUCUUCCUUUUCCUCAGACUCUGGCAACAGAACAAGCACAGGAAAGGAGAAUCUCAGAACAGAAGAUGUAAUCCAGAAACCUGUGCAAUGUCGGUACAGACAAAGACUGACUUGCAACAUCCUGAAGGAGCCGCAGAGCCAACGAGCAUGGUUGGACACCUGCAGAAAAGUUCCAGCCCAACUCCUGCCAUCCAGGAAGAGAUCUUGUAUACUACAGUGAAGGUCACCAGGCCUGCAGACACUGUGGAGCUAGACAUACUGAGCCAACACGAGGAUGACACCUCCAUACACGUAUAUGCCCAGGUGAAACCUGCUAGACUCAGAAGGGCACAGACCACCUCUUCUUCCCAGUUGCCAAAGGAAUUACAGGACUCAAAACACCUACAGAGAAACAGAGACCAAGUGAUAGAUGAGCAGGCUGAUACCUCCCAGGAUCCUCAUGCUGUGACCUAUGCCCAGCUGCACAUCAUGACACCAGGACAGGCAAACCUCCCUCUUUCCAGGAAGAAAAUGCUGAGCUGAGACCCUUCUCUGAUGUCUACCAGUCCAGGGAGAUCUUGAAUCUACAUUCUGUAGGGGAGGGAGGACUCAGUCAUGUCAGCAAAUAAGAUCUGCCUCAGGUGCACUGUCAUUGUACAAACAUAACUGGUAUUUAGUGUAUUCUGGGUUCUUUAGAGACUCACCCAAUUCUGUAAUCUGAGAUAAGUAAUAUGCAUGCAUAUUACUUACAAAUAUGGUGAAUAGGGUUACAAAUAGGGUGAAUGCUUUGUUGGUAAUCAAUGCAUAAAAUGAGGAAAGAAUAUAGGACUGAAGGAAGUUUUUGUUCUGUGUUUUUUGUUUUUACAUUCUUUGAGAUUAUUGUAUAUUUCCUCUUCCAUAUAAAUAUGCUCAAAUACU